AUGAGCUCAGCCUCAAAACCGGAAUGGCACGAGGCCUAUCCUCAACCACGUCCUAGCCCACCAGACUCAAUAAACGCUGAAGACCUCCUCGCUCUCAUGCACAAUGGAAAGAAGCCUGGCGUCGACUACCUCGUCGUUGACCUACGCCGCAACGACCACGAAGGAGGUUCAGUACGUGGCUCGCUUAACCUUCCGGCGCAAAGUCUCUUUUCCAGCCUUCCAACCGUGCUGAAUAUAUGUCAAGGCGCAAAGAUUCCGUUAGUGAUCUGGUAUUGUGGUUCCUCACAAGGACGUGGUACAAGGGCAGCGAAUUGGUUCAGAGAUCUGCUUGAGGAUAACAAGGUCAAUGGAAUCAGGAGCGUGAUUUUGAAAGGUGGUAUCAAAGGCUGGGCUGGAGCAGGGUCUGAGUACACGGAGAUGAUGGAUGGGUAUAUUGCCGACUACUGGACUCGCGAUAGCAAGUAA